AUGGAGAGACUACUGGGGUUAUUUCACGGAUACGCCCUUCUCAUCGGCUUGACGUCUUACAAAGUGGUCAAUGGGAUAUAUCGGCAAACUUGGUUAACGCGGGCCUAUGCCUUGGUCCUAAACGUGCUCAUCAUUUCUAUUCUACCAUUUGUUUUUUGGACAAUAUCCUGGUUAACGGCGUCUGCACCCUGGCUGCCUGAUAUUAUGUUUAUAACCCCGUUUAUUCUUUAUACGGUCAACUAUGCGAAUAUAGUAUAUAUCCUGACCUCGCGAUUCUAUCGGGAUAGCAUGCUAAUAGACCUACUGUACUUGAGUAAGGAUUUGAAUCGAAAAAUGGAACAAGCUGGCAUGAGAAGGAACGCAAAGCUUCAGAGACUUUUAAGUUUCAAGACCUUUACAUUUAGUUUUUUGUGCGUUGCCCCACUAACUUUCCUCGGCUCUGUAACUUUGGAUUCUUUUAUUGUUAAUGCUGCCUACAGCAUCUUGAAUGCCACUACGUACUUUUACUUUGCUUCAUUCUGGCAAAUCGCCAGAGGCUUUGUUUAUGUGAAUGAAGAAAUUGCUAAGAUUAUCGUUGGUGGAUUGGAAUUAAACAACGAGGAGCUGAGAGAUUUGUGGUACCUACAUUCGACUCUCAGUCGCAUGGCACACAGGAUAAACAGGAACUAUGGACUCCAGAUGAUUGUCUCACGGCUUGAUUUCAUUAUAUAUACCAUUAUCUUUGGAUACGUUGGCAUGAUUUUCCUGCAUGAAGGCAUUACCCUUAUUAAGUUUUAUGCGUCCUUACUUUAUUUAGUGCGAACUGUCGACUUCUUUUUAAAUGAUUUUAUAUGUGAAUUAACCAGCCGAUAUCAGAGCCAUCCCAAACACGAGAUUAGCGAGGGUGUAAUGUCCCAGGAGCUAAGUGAUUAUCUGAUUUAUGAGAGCAGCCUGCGCCUCGAUUUAAAGGUUUGUGGUCUCUAUAUAACCAAUAAAACCCAAUGGCUUCAAACAAUGGCAGUGGUAAUGUCCAACUCCAUGCUGCUCCUUCAGUUCUAUUUGAUUCUUAGGGAUGAUGAUACUGAAAAUAUUUAA